AUGACAGAACAGCAGGGAACCCCAGACCAGCUGCCUGCAGAGAAGGGCCAAGGAGGGGCUGGAGCCACAUAUAAGUUGGUGGUUUUUGAGUUUGAGAACUUUCGUGGAAAGAAGGUGGAGUUGUCUGGAGAAUGCAAAGAUGCAUUUGAGAAGACAGAGAGAGUUGGCUCCGUCAUUGUGGAGUCAGGACCAUGGGUUGGGUUUGAGCGUCCAGGCUUUGCAGGAGAGCAGUUUGUGCUAGAGAAAGGAGAGUAUCCUCGGUGGAGCACCUGGACCAACUGCCAGAGUAGCUACAACCUGAGUUCAUUCAGGCCUCUCAAAGUGGACAGUGCAGAUCAUAAGCUGCACCUGUUUGAGAAUGCAGGCUUUGAAGGCAGGAAGAUGGAGAUUGUUGAUGAUGACGUCCCCAGUCUGUGGGCUUAUGGUUUCUCGGACCGUGUGGCCAGCGCUCAGGUUAUCAAUGGAACGUGGGUGGGAUACAUGUAUCCAGGCUACAGAGGGCGCCAGUACGUGUUUGAGCAUGGAGAGUUCAAGCACUGGAACGAUUGGGGAGCCACUGCACCUCAGAUCCAGUCCGUCCGACGUGUGCGGGACAUGCAGUGGCACAAGAGAGGGUGCUAUAUUGCCCCCACCCCUGCCCCUGCCCCUACACCUCCCAAUCCUAAUCCCAACCCUAAUCCCAACCCUACCCCAAACCCCAAUCCUAACCCUACUCCCCACCCCAAACCCCAAACUCAACCCCAAGCUUAA